AUGCGAGGAUCACUUGAAAAGAUGAUGGAAGAAAAUGAGCGAUUACGCCAUCUUAUCCAUGAUUCAGGAACAGCGCCUCCUGAAUCGAGCCUCGACCCAGUCUUGCCUGUGGGACCUGCCCUUCCACCUCCGCUAGAGGAUCAAAACCCCCUUUUACUAGAUGAAUUUACCUGGGAGUUGCCAGCAUUCCAGGUACUCGGAGAAGUUCAAUUAGAUGGCUUGACUAUCCGUGAACUUUUUGAGCACUUUGCUCGUCAUUAUUUUCGUCACCUUCCCAUUCUGGAUUUGAGAAAACCCAUCGAUUCUAUGAGGACCGAAAGCCGUCUUCUUUUCUGGACAAUCAUAGUCACCGCUUCUAGCAAGCAUCCGCUACAUGAAAACCACUUCUAUCCACUACAAGUGCCGUUCCAACGGUUGCUGUCGGAACAUCUGACUCGCUCCAUUCGCAGCAUUUGGACUAUUCAAGCGCUCUUACUUCUUUGCCUAUGGCCUUUCCCCGUCGCAAGUCAAUUGGAUGAUCCGAGCUGGGAAUUUUGUGGGAUUGCCGUCGCCGCUGCGCUGAAAAUGGGCCUUGACGACUCCCCAGGGCACUGGGGCGAGGCUAUUCGACCCACUCCGGAUGAGCUUACCUGGCGGUUAAAGACAUGGCUUGGAUGCUUUCUGGUCAGUACUCAUCUGGCGGCUUGUCUCUCGCUGCCACCGCCAAUGGCCUCUGUCGCUCCACUGAUGCCUAAAGUUCGCGACAGUAUCAGGAGCGGUCUUUCUGAUGAAUUUGUGGCGCUGCUGGACAUUCAAGCCUAUGUGACCCGAGCUACCUCAUUGCUGAACAACCAAAUCGACCAUAUGGCCCAAAGAUCAUUCAUAGAACUUCUUGAUGCUGACUUGGAUGCGGUAGAAGCUCGUAUGCCAAGCAGCAUCUCUGCGUCUCUUCAAAUCGGUAUACUUGCAGCACGUCUUCGGCUGUAUUCACUGCCACUAUUGUCCCGAACAUCAUACAAGACCACAGAUGAUUGCUCAGAUGCCCUUUCGAAAGCCAUUUGGUACAAAGGCUUCCAUAUAGCCAUGCAGUUGGCGAACACUUUUGCUGGCUGGACUGAAUCAGGCCGGGACGAAAACAGUGACUCAACAGGCGAGACAUUCAACAUUUAUUUCCCGAAGCAAUAUUUCCACGCUCUUGUAAUGGCGGGGAUGUAUUUUAUCAAUCUGCUAGUUAUCGACACCAACAUAUCGACACCUAACAAACUGCUCGCCCGCAAUCAUAUCAAACAAGUAUAUGAGACGAUUAUAACCCAGUCAACAGAGGAGAAAGAUGAGGCUUCACGAGCAAGCAAAGCCAUUGACUUCCUCUCACGCCAUAUCGAGGCGCAGAGUGCAUCGCUGGAACUGCGCCAGUCCACCCGUGGAAAUCGGCCCUUGAACAUUAUCAAUAACGGAAUGAGAAUGGCAGGGCAUUUUAGAAGUAAGCUACGUCGCUCUGCGGAGUCGCAUGCAUCUCAAGUCUCACCUGCUGUGAUUCCUGAACUGCCGGUGUUUGAAGAUUUUGCGGAACUGCCUCCAUGGGGGGAUGAGUUGUUCGAAUGGAACACUUGGUUCGCUGGCAUGGAUAAUAUGACCACAAUGUUCCAAACACCGGUCACAACUCCCUAG